AUGGUGACAUGGACGUGGAUACAGACAAUACCACCGCCAACAGUGCCCGCUCAGACAACGAGGCUACACCCCGUCCAGAGCCUAUCAACGAGGAUGAGCCCAUCAGGAUCAUUCCCGUGCUUGGCCGAGCGACACGACGUGUGCAUCGUGGGUGCCGGACCAGCCGGUCUCAUGCUUGGGCUCACCCUCGCCCGCCUGGGCAUCACCCCGCUCAUCCUUGACGAGCGCGCCGAGCAGACCCCAGCAGGCCGCGCAGACGGCAUGCAGCCCAAGACGAUUGAGACCCUUCGCAUGCUGGGCCUCGCCGACGAGCUGCUGCAGCAGGGCGUGCGCGUCUACGACCUCUGUCUCUGGCACGCCGCUGCCGACGACGACUGUCCCGUGCGCGUCGCCCGCGAGACGCACUACCCGGCCUUCAUCGUCGAUCUUGUCGACCCUUUUAUGCUCGUCGGCCACCAGGGCAUGGUCGAGCGCGCCUUCGAGGCCGAUCUCGCCAAGCGCGGCGUCUCUGUGCGCCGCUGCCACCGCUUCGAAGGGCUGCGUCUUAUUCCCAACAGCAGCAGCAGCAGCAGCAGUGGCGGCGGCGGCGGGAGGAUGAAGACGACGAUGGAGGUGCAGUCCCACUUCAACGUCACCCGUGAACCGCGCGCCUUCGAGGCUACAUACCUUGUGGGCUGCGACGGCGCCCACUCGCGCGUGCGCAAGAUGAUCAACCCGCACCCUGCUGCCCGCGACGACCAGGUUGAUGAGAUGUCCGUCUGGGGUGUCCUGGACGGCGAGGUGGACACGGACUUCCCCGACGUCUGGACCAAGGCCGUCAUCUCCAGCGAACGCUUCGGCUCCAUCCUCAUCAUGCCGCGCGAGCGCGACAUGACCCGCCUGUACAUUGAGAUGCGACCCGACGCCGACCCCGCCGCUGCCGGCACUGACCCGCGUCUUGUCCAGGCCGCCGUCAUGCGCCGCGCCGCCCAGAUCCUGCUGCCCUACCGCAUCCGCUGGCGCACCGUCGAGUGGUUCGGCCAGUAUCGCGUCUCCCAGCGCGCCAGCGACGACGACAACCCACCACGCGUGUUCAUCGCCGGCGACGCAGCACACACGCACUCUCCCAAAGCCGCCCAGGGCAUGAACACGGCCCUGCACGACAGCUGGAACCUCGCCUGGAAGCUCAACCUCGCCGUGCGCGGGCUGUGCCGCGCCUCUGUCCUGCUGGGCUCCUACGAGGCCGAGCGCCGCAAGAUUGCGCGCGACCUGGUCACCUUUGACUACGAGCAUGCUGCCGAGAUGAGCCGUGGGGACCCGGCCGCCCUGGCCGAGAACUUUCGAAAGAACGUGCGUUUCAUCUCGGGUGUUGGUGUUGAGUAUGGCGAGAACAAGCUGAAUCAGAUGGAGAGGGAGGCAGAGGAGAAAAGGGAAGAGGAGGAGGAGGAGGAGAUCAAAGACGAAAACGACGACGACGACGACGACGACGACGACAGCAGCAGCGGCAGUGGCUGUACCCUCCCGCCGGGCAAGGUGAGCAGGUACAUCGACGCCAACCCGAUAGAUGUGCAGCUGGACAUACCAGUCCUGGGCCAGUUCAAGGUCUACAUCUUUGUGCCGGACGUGGUGGAGGCGCGGCAGGGCGCGUUCCUGACGGCGCUCUGCGGUGCCAUUGCCGAGCAGGACUCUCUUUUGAGCAGGCUGUCUGCGGCUGCUAGUCAGAGCUAUCUGGAGAGGCCGAGGGUGCCUUCGUCGGAUGACUUGUUCAAGCGGCCCGAGAGAUACACCGCCGUCAGCCAGCUCUUCGUCUUUGCCCUUAUCACAUCCACCGAAAAGUCCAAUUUCGAAAUUGCACACCUCCCCCAGAUCCUGUCCCGCUCUCCUUGGACCAUCUACCUAGACGACGUCCCCGAUCUCGACACCCAGGGCACCACAUGUACCGAAAAGUACCUCGGAGCCCGGGCCGUCUCGAGGGGCGAGGUGGCCGUGCUCAAUGUCCGGCCGGAUGGCUAUGUCGGCUCACUGAAAACCUGGGACCUUACUGGGUUGCGAGGAGGUGCUGCUGAGGCAGCCGCAGAUGUGGGCAGGGAGGCCGCGGGAUGGUUGGAGCGGUAUUAUGAUGGGUUCUUGGUGGUGCCGGGGUGA